AUGGGUAAGCCACCCGAGGGUGGAGGCUCGUUCGCCCGUGCUCUCCUCCUGGUGUCCGGUUGGGCCGUGCUCUGCGCCGGCCAAGAGUAUGGCUGCCCGCCCCAGGAAAAAAUACUGCCCUGCAGGUGCUCCACCCGGGAUAUGGAGUUUCAGAUAUGGUGCAGCCACAGCGAGUUACCCCGGGUGCUGGAGGGCUUGCAAGCGGUCAGCCGUCACGUGACCCACCCUGUGGACGAGCUCAUUCUGGAGAACAACAACCUGCUGAGUCUGCCGGGGCACGUGUUCGCGAGCUUGCGCGUCCUACGGCUGAUGUUGCGCAACAACAGGCUCGAGAGGGUGUCCUCGGGUUGGCUCGAGGGCCUCCACGACUCGCUGCUCGAGCUGUUUCUCGUGGAGCCCGAGCUCAGGUCGCUGCCCGUCGACAGCUUGGAGAACCUACAGGGCCUCGAGGCCGUCACCCUACAGAGCAAACUCAUCAAACGACUGCCCAGCUUCAGCGGCUUGCCGAAGCUGCGCUACCUGCAGCUGAACUCGCCGUCCCUGCUGGAGCUGUCACCCCGUAACUUCCGCGAGCUGGCCUCGCUCGAGCAGCUCCACGUGUUCGGCAGCCCGAAACUCAGCCGAUUGGAGGCCGGUCUCCUGCGCGACCUGUCCCGACUGCAACUGAUCAACGUCACCGAUUGCGGGAUCAACUGGCUGCACCCGCGGGCCCUCAUCAAUCUCCCCGAGCUUAAAGAGCUCUCGUUGGCUGGGAACGCGAUUACCGACGCCACCAUGGUCGGCCGAGCCCUCGUCGAUCUACCGGCCGUCUCGGUCUUGCACCUCGACCGCAACAGGAUACCGAGGCUCGAGGCCUCCUUUGCCGACCUGCCCAACCUGUCGAGGAUCUCGCUCAGCUUCAACCGCAUCACCGAGAUCUUUCCCGGUACCUUUCAGCGGGUGCCGCAGCUGCGCACCUUGAAUCUCAACCACAAUCGCAUCCACCGGAUCCACCCGGAGUUUUUUCCGCAGCGUGGCCGCGAGGCCAACAACCUCGAGGAGAUCUGGCUGAUGGACAACGACAUCGGCCACGUCUCGGAGAUCCGCGCGGUGCUCGAGGCGCUGCCGAGGCUCAAGUUCCUCGAGGCCAGUUUCAACCAGAUCCAGGAGGUGCAGUACGGCGCUCUCCACGGCCACUCGAGCCUCGAGCGGCUUCACUUGGACUACAACAGGCUCGCUUUUGUCCACUUUUCGGGCAUGCCCGCCCUCAGGGAGCUCAGGCUGCGCAACAAUUCCCUCACCAACGCGCCGGACACGCCCUUCUGGGACUUGCCGGGACUCAAGGGCCUGGACAUAUCGGGUAACUUUUUCCGGCACGUCGAGCCGCGGCUGCUGGCAAACCUGCCGAGUCUACGUCGCCUCGACCUCAGCGAGAACGCGAUAGCCCUGGUCGAGCCGGACGCCUUCCUCGGAACCCCAGCCCUGGAACACGUGAACCUCUCGGCAAACGCCCUCUCCGUCCUCCACCCGAUGACCUUCCGCCACCUGGUCCACCUGUACGAGCUCGACGUCGGCUGGAACCGGCUACUCGAAAUCAUCCCCGGACUGCCGCGGAACAUCGAGCACCUCCACCUGCCGAUGAACCGCAUAAUCGCCCUACCGGUGAGCCUGAGCUCCGGCUCCCUGGCCCUGCCGCUGCUACGUACCCUCGACCUCAGCGCCAACGGCAUCGAGCACCUGCCCAUCGGCGCGCUGUCCGGCCUGCCGAGCUUGCGCAAGCUCAACCUGGGCUUCAACGCCCUCGCGGCCAUCGAGGAGGGCAGCUUCGACGGUCUCGGGCGGCUCGAGCAACUCGACCUCAAGUACAACAGGAUCGGCCAGCUGCACGGCCGGUGCUUCCGGCCCCUCAGAAGCUUGCUCGAGCUGAGCUUGCGGGGCAACAGGCUCGAGCUCAUCCGGUCCGACGUCUUUCAGGACAACCCCGCCCUCGCCAGGCUCGACCUGAGCCGCAACAACUUGGCCCAACUCCCACAAGCUGCCUUCGCCUCCACCAGAGAGCUGCGGGAGUUGUACGCGUCGCACAACGCCCUGCAGGAACUCCCGAGCUCCCUGCACGGUCUCGGGGCCUUGGAGAUCCUCGACCUGAGCCACAACAAACUGGCCGUUUUGGCCCCGGAGACGCUCAGCAGCCUCGCGAGCCUCGUCGAGCUAAGACUGGCGCGCAACCGGGUGCGCGAGCUGCGCGAGGGCGCCUUCGAUCGGCUGCCGAGGUUGGCGCUCGUCGACCUGGAGAGCAACGACCUGGCCCUCGUCGAGGCCAGGUCCGUCCGCGACUUGCCCGAGCUGCAGGCCAUCAAACUCGGCAAAAACCGCAUACAGACCAUACCGAGCGGCGCGUUCUCUGAGCUGCCGGUGCUGCAGAGCGCCGAGCUCCAGGAAAACCGGAUCCAGGACAUAGCCGCCGGUGCCUUCGUCAACGUGCCCCACCUGCUCUUCCUGAACCUCAGCCACAACCAACUGACCGGCUUGGACAGCAUGGGCCUCGACAGCUUGCGCUCCCUCGAGGUACUCGACCUCAGCGACAACCGCAUCUCGCGCGUCUCCGGCGACAGCCUAGCCGCCAUGGAGUGGCUCGUCGAGCUCAAGAUGGACAACAACCGAAUCUGCGCGGUCCAGGGCUCGCCGUUCGACGACAUGCCCCGGCUGCGCGUGCUCAGCCUCAGGAACAACAGGAUGGCCUCGGUCACCGAAACAGCCUUCAAGCGUCUACGCUCCAACAUCGCCGUCCUCGACAUCGACGGUAACCCGUUGUCCUGCUCCUGUGGCAUGCUGUGGCUACGGGGUUGGAUCCAGCAGGCCUCGACCGACGGCCCCCGCUGCGCCGAUGGCUCGCUCUUCCGGGACGUCCGGCUGUCCAGGCAGGACUGCCAACGCGAGCGCCAACUCGAGCCGGUCCAGCCGGGUUGCGAGCCCGAGUGUGUUCCGUUCCUUCAUUCCUCGUCUGCGUGUCCACACACAGUGCAAAACACGGAGCCGGCCUCCCCAUGGUCGGUCGACAAGUCACCGGCGCGCCAUCCCCCGGGAGUCGAGGACGCCACCGACUACGACGCCUACGAGGAUUACGAGGAGUACCCGAGCGUGGUCAACUCGAGCGACCUGACGGCCAACUCCCUGCAGGGCGGCAGCGAGCAGUCGGUGCCCGUGGUCACGUUGGCGCCUCAGGCCUCGGCCAAAAACACCUCGCUGGCUAACAAUAAGCGCAACCCCCAGAUACCGCCGUCGCCCAGUAGCUCUGGAUUCACCUUCUUCGGCGUGCCUCUGCCGAGUCUCAGUUUUAGCUUGUGGGGCAACGCGGGUAAAAAGGAGCGGAAAGACGACUCCUCUGGGUCCGGGGUGACAGCGUCGUCGCGGCCAGGUCGCAGUCGUUACAGGAACUUCCCUCCAACGGAGCCGGAGAUCCACCGGGGUGGUUUCGUGCCUUUGCCACGGGGCCAGGGUGGCUUUGUGCCGAUCGCCGACCCGCGGCUCGAGGAACGCCGCCCUGGUGGCAACGGGACCGCUGGGACCUUUGGCGAGGGCGUUGGCCAAGUGGUGCUCGAGCGCAAGAGCACCAAGACUACCAACUACACCGUCGGGAAGAUCGAAAGGACCUCCGGGGCUCUGCCUCGCAACCACUCGAGUGCCAACAAGUACACAAAGCUCCGGCAUCCGGUGAUCAGAGACAGCGAGGAGCCGUCAGCCGAAAAUUCGGGGAAACCGGCAUUCAUCCCGACGCAGAGACUCACGAACAGGGAGCCGAUCAUCGUCCACCCGUACGAGGGGUCCGUCGAGGCGGACGAGACGCUCAUCUCCACCGAGGUCUACCGGGACGAGAUGAUCGAGUUCUCCGAGGGUGGCGUGGGCAGUAGCUCCGAGAUGGCAGGUAGGAUCAUGUGGACGACCCCGAGGAACUCCACCUCCGCUGGCAACGGUACGAUCAUCGGUGCGGAGGGUGCCACCGGGUCGACGAUGCUCCGAGAAACCGUCACGGCGAGCGUCAGUGUUUUCCCACCAAAGAAGAGGACAGGGCCGAGGGGCAGUACUGCCGGGACCAGCAGACCGAGGGUAUCCACGUCGACGUUGUCCAGCUCGAGCGACUACGAGAUGCCUACGGAAACGGCAAGCAAGCUAGAGGUGCCGGCAAGGGAAAAUUCGAAAGGGACUCGGGGGACGAUGCUGAAAUCAGCACCGGUCACCUACAACCCCGACCUCGCGAGUUCGACGGGCCACACGCGAAGCUCGGAGGCGGCGGUAUUCCUGGUGCCGGGAGGCCAAUUACCGACGGUGUCCGUGUCGUCGAUGAACAACCGGCCGGUCGGCCGGCCGAUCAUCACAAAGGUCUCGUCGCCGCGCGUCGAGUUGACCAGCGAGAGCAACUUUUUGGGCCCGACCGCGCCAGCGGGGAGUACCGAUCGAGUUCCCGGGGAGAAGCCGGAGAAACUGCUGGCCAAGGAAGACAACCACCUGAGCGGCUCGACCCUCGACGAGCGAGUCAAACCGGCCGACGAUAGCGCCUUCGACUGGUACUAUCGGCAAUACAACGACACGAACCUCGAACCUUACGUUGGUAUUGUAUACGAGGACACGCGCUCGUCGACGAGUCGGGCCAUUGUUCUCGCUGUUGCCGGCUCACCCGUGCCGAUCUGGCUUUUGACGGUCUACUGCCUUGCGGCUCGCGUGUUUGCCUGA